AUGCUGUACAAGACCAGGGAAGCGGACUCCGUGUGGCUUGUCUCGGCGUCUGAGUUGCAGCUAGAGGAGCCGGAGGAGAUUCUGGGCCAGGGGACGUUUGGGGAGGUGAUCAAGGCUGAGUUCCGGGGGACGCCGGUCGCGGUGAAGAGAGUGCUGGCAAGGAAGAUGACGGGAGUAGGAGCGAGCGGCCAGUUCUCUUCGUUAAGGAAGGAGAUCAGGAAGAAUCUGAUCAAGGAGAUGCGCAUCCUCUCCAGGCUGCGACAUCCUUGCGUCAUAACCAUCAUGGGAGCUGUCAUAGAGUCGAAGAUGGACCCGCUCAUCGUCCUCGAGUACAUGGACCUCGGCUCGCUGCACUCCCUUAUCCACAACCAGACGAUCGAGCUGGAGGCUGAGAUGUUUGUCUGCAUCCUCCUUGAUGUCGUCCAGGGGAUUCGCUUCCUCCACUCGUCCAAGCCGCAGGUCAUCCAUGGCGACUUGAAGAGUCACAACGUGCUGGUCGACUCCAAGUUCAGAGCCAAGGUAGCUGACUUCGGCCUAUCCCGCGUGAAGAGCGUUCACCAGAGGGACAAGAUGGUAAAGGGGACGGGAACGAUAGCAUGGAUGGCGCCGGAGCUCUUGCGAGGAGGCAACAACACGCCGGAGUCGGACGUGUACUCGUUCGGUGUCAUCUUGAACGAGGUCUUCAGCAGGCAGGACCCCUACCAGGGAGAGGACAUGAGGGUGGUAGUGCUGGAGGUGAUGGACCUUGGGAGGGAGGAGGAGAAACGUCCUGCUAUCGACGAGAGGUGUCCUGCUGACAUCAAGGGGCUGAUCAGAGAUUGCUGGAACAAGGAGGCAGAGCUUCGCCCUCCUUGCUGA